AUCACCUGCUCCUCCGGCGAAUAAUAUCCUCCCGUGGACCCCACCAUUUUUGAAAUUACAAGACCAGACCAACCGUCCAAGAGAGACCAAAGAAAGAAGAAAAAGAAGAAGAACAACAAAAAAGAUAUAAAAAAACAAAUAAAUAAUUCAAAAAAAAAAAAAAAAAACGCCCAGACCAGACUUUGUUCAUCUCCAUUGCCGACUCUCCGAUCCAACGCAUCAAACAUCGUCGUUUCACUCGGCUUAAACCCUAGCCCCAAAAUCAACGGUCAAAAGAUAAGUUGAAGAUGGCGAGGAUAAAGCCUCAGGCUCUAUUACUUCAAAGCAAAAAGAAGAAGGGACCGACUCGAAUCAGCGUUACUACCAUAAUUUUGUGCAAUUUGCUUGUUGUUUUGAUCGUUUUGUGCUUAUUUGGGACGUAUCGCCACUGGUCUAGAAGAUCGUCGGAUCAAGGCGAGUCUGGCUUAUCAACUUUCGAGGACACUGAUUCCUUUGUAGUUGCAAAGAAUUACGGGAGUGAUGGUUUUGGGGAUUCAAAGAAGUAUGAUUUACCUGGUUAUGCUGUGAUUAAGACAUCAAAAGGUUAUAUAACAGUGGAACUCUUCAAGGACGGGUCUCCAGAGAUUGUGGACAGAUUCCUUGACUUGUGUCAGAAAGGACACUUUAAAGGCAUGGCCUUCAGUCAUGUGAUAAAACAUUACGUAAUUCACGGAGGAAAUUCCCAAGGGCUUGGAGUAGCUGAGGACUGGAUAUCAAAAGGAAAGCUUCACCGUGAACUUAUCACAAGCCCAAAGCACGAAGCAUUUAUGCUUGGAACUUCGAAGGCGAAACAAGGCAGCAAGGUAUUUGAGCUUUUUAUCACGACCGCACCAAUCCCAGAUUUGAAUGAUCAGCUUAUUGUGUUUGGACGUGUCAUCAAGGGUGAGGAUGUUGUGCAGGAAAUUGAAGAGGUAGAUACAGACGAGCAUUAUCAGCCUAAGCAUAAUGUAGGGAUAAUCGAUGUGACUCUGAAACGCGAGAUCUAAGUGGGCCGAACUGAGCUAGUGUAAAGUUUUUUCUUCAUAGCAUGGUGCCAUCUGUUGUUUCUGUCUGUCGCAAAGCUUCUCUUUGUUUUCCCGCAUGUUUUGAUUUUGGGAACACUCAUAAUUCUUGUUGUUUUCUUUUUCUAAUUUUACAGCUAAUUUGUUUUGUAUUUUUCUUUAUGAAAGGAUGGGGGAGAGUUUGGAGUAGGAUUGAUAUUUGUUGAGUUAAAAAAAAAAAAAAAAAAAAAAAAAAAAGGGCUCCAUAUCUUGGCUGGGCGAUGUGUAACAUUCAGUUAAAUUUCACUAGCAGAUUGAUGUCCUCAUUAUUAUUAUUUUUAUUUUCCUCUGGUAUCAUUCUGUUCACACAUUUUGCGUU